AUGCAUAGCGGGGCCAUCCGACGGUUCACGUUCCCGAACGGCGAAACGUUGUCGUGCGUGCGGUGGGACUCGCAGUACCAUAUCACGUCGACGGACAUUAUUCGCGCGCUUGUGCACCGCUUCGAGGGGAUCAUGCGGCCUGUGGUGAACAUGAAGAAGUUUGAGGAGGGCGUGUUCAGCGAUCUGAGGAGCCUAAAGCCCGGCACCGACGCACGGCUGGAGCUGCCCCGGUCAGAGUUCCUCGAGCUGCUGUACAAGCACCAUUGCGUGCGGACGCAGAAGAAGCAAAAGGUGUUUUUCUGGGACUCGGUGCCACACGAUUUGUUGUUCAGAGAGGCCCUGGAGCGCGAUUUGAAGAGGGAGGCGAUGGGCAUUGAGCCAACGACCAAGGUC